AUGUUGUUAUCCUCGACGGAGCCACAGCUCCGUCGAAUCCUGCCCCAGAGAUCUUCUCCGCUCAAAUUGCUACAGAGGAAGAGUGAGAAAAGGACUAUUCUACUUACGAGAACAGAGGAGAAAGGCUUCUGCAAUCCUCAGGAAUCCCAAAAGGAAAUCGCCCUUCAAGACACGAAUGAAGGAAGACGGAGGACGAACGAACACACUGUCUCCGUCUGUCUUCAAGGAAGGAAGGAAGACUUCGAAAUUCACAACAGAAGAAUCGAAGCUUCCGUCAGCUUCUCAAAACAACCAUCAGCAUCAAGCGUCUUUGACUCAGCCUCUCGACAACAGGAGGAGGAAAGAAGCAAGAAGGUCUGCUCAAAAGGAUGGCACAAGGAGACGAGGACCAAAAAAGGAGCACUAACAGAAAAGACUGGACUCAGAAAGAAGGGACUGGACCAGAAAGAAGGACUGGACUCAAAAAGUAAGGACCGGACCACAGAAAGAAGCCGGACACCAGAAAAGGAGGGACUGGGACUCAGAAAGAAGGAACUGGACUCAGAAAGAACUGGACACAGAAAAAAGGAACUGGACACAGGAAAGAAAGACUGGGGACACAGAAAGAAGGAUGGACACAGAAGAGCGGACACAGAAGAAGGACUGGACUUCAGAAAGACGAUCUGGACACAGAAAGGAAGGACUGGGACACAGAAAAGAAGACUGGACUCAGAAGAAAAGACCUGGACCAGAAGAAGAAACGGACACAGAAAGAAGACCUGUGACACAGAAGAAAGAACCGGACACAUAAAGAAGGACUUGGACACAGAAAGAAACCGGACACAGAAAGAAGGAAUGAACUUCAGAAAGAAGAACUUGGACACAGAAAGAAAGGACUUGGACGCAGAAAGAAGCCUUGGACGCAAAGAAGAAACUUGGACUCAGAAAAAGAGGAUGGUACACAAGAAAGAAGACUGGGACACAGAAAGAAGAAACUUGGACUCAGAAAGAAGACUGGAACUCAGAAAGAAGACCGGAACAGAAAGAACCUGGACUCGGAAAGAAGACUGGACUCAGAAAGAGACCUGGACACAGAAAGAAGAACUGGACUCCAGAGAGAAGACUUGCGACACAGAAAGAAGGACUGGACUCAGAAAGAAAGAAACUGGACAGAAGAAGACUGACUCAGAAAGAAGACCUGGACACAGAAGAAAGAACUGGACUAGAAGAAAGGACUGGACACAGAAAGGAAACUUGGACUCAGAAAGAAGACGCGGACACAGAAGAAGAAGACUGGACAGCAGAAAGAAGACUGGACUCAGAAGAAGACUGGACACCGAAAGAAGACUGGACUCAGAAAGAAGAACUGAACUCAGAAAGAGACUGGACUCAAAGAGACUGACACAGAAAGAAGACUGGACACAGAAAUAA